UAUACGUCGACGGCGGAGUUCAAGUAACGCUUUCACGGCGGAAUAGAGGCAGAAUGGCGGGAAGAAAACACUCACAGACGUAUCAUCCGGGGCUGGAUAAAGAUUCUCACUUGAGUCGGAUACUUGACAUGGCAAACGCUCCGAAGAAACAGGAAGAGGAAAUAGACGCGCGGAUAGGGCGGCCCCGCCUCCGGGGGCUGGAUCUCAUCAGGGACCCUAAUUACAGCAAGGGAAUGUGUUUUACUCUUCAAGAACGACAACUCCUGGGUCUGCAGGGAUUGUUACCUCCCGCAAUAUUGAAUCAGGACCAGCAAGUAUACUUUGUCAUGCAGAACUUCUACCGCUGGGAGAAUGACCUCGACAGAUACAUCUACAUGAUGUCUCUUCAGGAGCGUAACGAGCGGUUGUUUUACCGGACAAUCAUGCAGAACGUGGAGCUCAUGAUGCCAAUCAUCUACACCCCGACCGUGGGACAGGCGUGCCUGAAAUACGGCCUCACCCUCAGGAAGCCCAGAGGUCUGUACAUCACCAUCCACGACCUUGGUCACGUGUACAACAUUCUAUGUAACUGGCCCGCCGACGACGUCAAGGUAAUCGUUGUGACAGACGGUGAGCGGAUCUUGGGGCUUGGAGACCUAGGGGCGUACGGAAUGGGCAUCCCCGUCGGCAAACUGGCCCUGUACACCGCCCUCGCCGGCGUGCCGCCACACCGGUGCCUUCCCAUACUCAUCGACGUCGGCACCGACAAUGAGAAUUUAAUGAAAGAUCCAUUGUAUAUCGGACUGAAGCAGAAGCGAGAGCGGGGUUCAAAGUAUGACGCUCUUCUGGAAGAGUUCAUGGGUGCAGUGGUCAAGCGGUACGGCGGGAACUGUUUGAUUCAAUUUGAGGAUUUCGGCAACCACAACGCCUUCCGGUUGCUGGAAAAGUACAGAGAUUCAUACUGUUCCUUUAACGAUGAUAUCCAAGGGACAGCGGCAGUAGCCGUGGCGGGUCUGAUGGCCAGUCUGAAUAUCACGGGCAAGUCGCUCAAAGACAACGUCUUCAUGUUUCAGGGAGCCGGAGAGGCGUCCAUUGGGAUUGCAAAGCUACUGAUCAUGGCAUUGGAGGAGCAGGGCUCGAGUCGCGCUGAGGCAUACAGCCGGAUAUGGAUGGUCGACUCGCGCGGUCUAAUCGUCAAGGACCGACCGGCAGGCGGAGUGACGGGCCAAAAGGUCCCAUUCGCUCAGGACCACGCACCCAUUGAAAAGCUGGAGGACGUCAUAAAACAGAUCAAGCCCACCGCAAUCAUCGGAGCUGCAGCCCAGCCCGGCGCUUUCACGGAAACGGUUCUCCGAGACAUGGCGGAGUUUAACGAGCGGCCAAUCAUCUUCGCUCUCAGCAACCCGACCAGCAAGGCCGAGUGUACCGCCGAACAAGCGUACACGGCAACUGAUGGCAAGUGUGUGUUCGCCAGUGGAAGUCCGUUCCGAACAGUGACGCUUGGUGAGCGGACGUUCCAUCCGGGUCAGGGCAACAACGCUUACGUGUUCCCCGCCGUCGGCCUGGCAACGGUGGCCUGCGAUAUCCGAACAAUCCCCGAGAUUAUUUUCCUCGAGUCCGCUAAGGCGCUAGCCGCCCUAGUUACGAAGGAGAACCUGUCGGAGGGCCGCGUGUACCCGCCCCUGUCCGACAUCCGUGAUGUCUCCACACGCAUCGCUGUUCAUCUGGCUGAGUUCGCGUACCGGAACCAGCUCGCCUACCACUUCCCGGAGCCCCAGGACAAGGCUCGGUUCAUACAUUCACAUCAGUAUGAGAUCGACUAUGAAAACUACAUCCCCCCACUGUAUGACUGGCCCGGACACAGUACCAAACUCUGAAAAAGGGGCUUUAUUUUGUAGAGUAAUUUGAAUGAGUAAAUGAAUUUUGUUUGUUGUCAAAUAUUGAUUUUAAAAAGCGUCUUUGUUAAAUAUUUGUAGGAAAUGCCUAUCUUGUUAAGGGUUUACAUGAGUGUAAACUUUAUUAAUACAUCAAGAAAUGAAGUUUUGGUAUUUUUUUACUUAUAGAUUCUUUGUAAAAAAGCACAGCUGUUUAGUUAUGUAUUGAAAUUGAGAAUGUUAAAUGUUGAAUUAUUUAAGAAAAACAUUUAUAGUAUAAAAAUGCACCGAAACAGUGAAUUCAUUUGUAUAAAUUAGAUUUAUGUUAUAAGCGUUUACUCAGACUUCUAUCAUAUACAUUUUACUAGUUUUAUUUUCGUUUUAUUGCAUUUAUAUAUUAAAUUGAAUAUUAAAUUCUUA